AUCUACCUGUUUCGAAAAGAUCCAAAGUCCCGACAAGAUGGCAGUGCACGACUUGUAAAUCCUCUCUGGAUUGACCACAGCCUCCUCAAGCAGUGGAAAGAAAAAUGUCUUUCUUCUCAUGGCGAAACUUGUAGCUCAACGCAGGCACAAUCGUCUAAUAAUGACGACGCUCGACCUACGUGGCUCAUUGAUGUUUGGCGCAAAUGUCUCGUGCGCCCAUCGCAGCAUGAUCGAUACAUAGCUCUGAGCUAUGUUUGGGGAGGGGCUCCCACAUUGAUGGCUCGAAUGGACAAUAUUGCUCAGUUACUAAAGCCAUCAGCAUUCUCUCAAGGAAGGACAAGCGCAGAGAUCAACAAGAUGGUGUCUAUAUAUUCCAAUGCAUUUAUAACAAUUACAGCUUCCGAUGGCAUUGAUGCCGAUAGCGGCCUCCCAGGACUUGGUGGCCUCACUGAACCAAGGUCAGCGAUCCAGGUUGUCCAUACAUUACGGCCGGGCAUUCAAAUUGUCGAGUGCCUCGUGGAACCAAAGAGUACAAAGUGGAGAACGCGAGGAUGGACGUACCAAGAGGAAUUGUUUUCUCGGCGACAGAUUUUCUUCGAGGGUGGCUGGGUUCGUUGGGUCUGCCAGAGUGACAAAUGGGCUGAGGUGGGCGAGAAGCAUGGUGCACAAGUUGACGGACAAGUUGGUAGUGUCAGCAGCAUGAAUGCGGCACUGUCGAGUCCUAUCCCGGAUCCAUAUGUGUGGUGGAACAUGAUCGGUUCGUAUAAUAUGAGAGACUUGACGUAUCCCGAAGAUGCACUUAGUGGGUUCGCCGGUAUACUCAACUCCUUUGGAAGAAGCUUCUUUGGUGGCUUCAUCUCUGGUCUGCCUGCCGCCAUGUUUUAUAUAGCCAUUCUGUGGCACACUCGCGAUCCACUCACUCGUCGAAGAGCAAAGGGCUCUGGUGGGAAUGUUUGUCUUCCUAGUUGGAGCUGGAUAGGUUGGAAAGGCACGCUUAUGUCAACCGUAAUGCACCCAUCAUUGGACUUUGUCAAAGUUAGAGCGUCCAGGGAGGGCGCAAGGUACUUUGACAGAGUUACGCCCCUUGUCCAGUGGCAUUGGAAAGAGAGCUUGAAGACUCCUGGGAUCCCGAUCGGGAAUACCUGGUACGAGUAUAGGCAGAAGUAUGCCGUUGAAACACAACAGAGUCCAUGCCCCUCUGGUUGGACCAGACAUAGUGUCGAUACUGAAACACAUCCAGGGAGGCUCACUUUUCCGCCACCAGAGCUCGACGACUCGCCAAAGUUUUUUUACAAGCAUAAUUCAGAGCCCGAAUCAGAGUUUUGGUACCCUGUUCCCAUACCUGAUCCAUCGCAGAUCCCUAAGAGCCAUGUCGCCGCACCAUUCAUCUCGUGUCGGACAAAGAGAGCCUUUUUGCGUGGUAGUGAAGCCAUCACGCCGCGGUAUAUAAGAGGCACUACAGUCAUUUCACUUAGAGACAAGACAUCAGCUUGGAUCGGCGCUAUGCGGCUACAGGAAAAAUCUCCAGACAAUGGCAGAAGCUUAGUAGGCCAAGAAAUCGAGCUAGUAGAAGUUGCCUUGGGUCGUGUCCCAAACGAUGCUCGCCAAAGGCUCCAACACCACCAGGUCUUGGAUGAAUGGGACCAUGAAGAGAGGCCAAAAGACAACAACAUGUAUGAGUACUACUAUGUUUUGUGGGUUGAGUGGAUAGACGGUGCUGCAUAUCGAAAAGCAUUGGGACGAGUGGAAAGGAGGUUGUGGGAGGCCCAGAAGCGUCAAGAUAUUGACUUGAUCCUCGGAUGA